CCAGCAUCAAGCUAGAAAACAUUCUACAACAUGAUUUGCCUGACAGGAGUGAUUGUGCUGCUCUUUACAGUGACUGUAAAUGCAAGAGUUGGGUUCUCCAGUGAAUCCAGUUACUGCACUGAGACAAAGGAAUGUUUUCUGUUCGACUUGGUUUGUGCAGGAAAAGAUUAUGAGGUACGGCACUAUGGUGCUGCCAAGUGGGUGACCACAGAAGCUGAAUCCUAUUUCAUGGAAAUGGCAACUGCAAGAGCAUUCAGGAAACUUUAUAAAUACAUCACUGGAGAAAAUGAGGCUGGUGCAAAGAUUGACAUGACUGCUCCAGUGAUUGUUAAAGUCAUUGAGAGCGCGAGCAAGUGGCAGUCAUCAGUCUAUGUUCUCAGCUUCCUCCUGCCCUCCAACUACCAGGCCAGUCCACCCAAACCUACCGAUCCAUCUAUAUAUUUUACAGACACUCCAGAUAUGAAAGUAUAUGUCAAAAGCUACGGGGGCUGGAUGAUGUCAGUUGUGGCCAGAUCGCAGGCCCAGAGUCUGAAGACAUCGCUGGACAAUGUACAGGCUACAUAUGAGACAGGAUACUACUAUAAUGUCGGCUAUAACAGGUGCGCGCAGCUUGUAGAUGAGACCUCCUUUCUGCCAAUAACAUUCUUUAAUUUCUGUAAUUCUUAUGUUUUUUUAUUGUGUGUGUGUGUGUGUGUUUCAGCCCAAUGAAGAUUAUGAACAGGCACAAUGAGGCAUGGUAUAUUGUCAAGGGUGAGCCUGUGUGUCCUAAGACUGAAUAAUUUAGCUGAGG